AUGCCUACGACCAAAAAUCUGACUUCAACCAAACUCGAGUCGUGUCAUAUUUUACGACCGCUAGGGUAUUAUCUAAUCAUUCUCUGGAUAAUGAGUACAUUUUUGAACGGCUCAAUAUUAUACAUAUUCAUACGAUAUAAGAAAAUACGACAAACAUCAACAAACAUAUUUAUUGGUGGUUUAAUAUUAGUAGAUUUUAUUGGAGGUUGUUUUGAAAUACCUUUACCAGCUAUUGCACUGAUUAAUUGCAAAUGGAUUUUUGCAUAUGUUGGCUGUGUAUUUGAAGCAAUGAUAGCUUACUUUGCUGGAUGUUCAAAUAUGUAUAUGCUAUGUUUACUUUCUAUCGAUAGAUAUUUUGUGGUCUCAAGAUCAUUUGCAACAACAACGAUUACUCCUAAACAAAGUUAUAUUCUUAUUUUUUGUGCAUAUUUAGUAGCUUUCCUAUGGACACUGAUGCCAUUAUUUGGUUGGUCUACAUACGACUAUGAAGGCAUUGGUGCGUCGUGUAGUAUCAAAUGGGAAGAUCGAUCAUUGAAUGUCAUUAGUUACAAUAUGACUAUUUUGAUAUUUGUUUAUCUUAUACCAGUUCUUAUCAUGAUAAUAGCCAAUGUUAAUGUAAUUCAAAUAAUUCGUGAACGUCGUCGAAAUACGGCUAUGAAUUUCAGUAACACUCACAUUCGACAUCAGUUGUUAAUUGAACGUCGUGUUGCUCAUACGAUUGGUCUCAUCAUUGGCGGUUUCCUUUUGGCUUGGACUCCAUAUGCGAUCACUGUUGUUGUUCGGAUGUUUGUCGAGGAGAACUCUUUUCCACCUAUCUUCGGUACAAUACCAGCUCUAUUUGCUAAAACAAGUGUUGUAUGGAAUCCGUUGAUCUAUGUCAUGCGUAAUGGCAAUUUUCGGCAUUUAGUUCCGUUCUUCGCGUAUCGUCGUAUCGGUCGAAAGCAGAGAUCGCCUGAUCAAGUUAAUUUCUCUGUAUAUCCGUAUUCUGCUGUUCAACUGCCGUUAACUAUUCCAACUCGUACCGGUGAUUCAUAA